UCACACGAACAGUUCCAGGAGACUAGGUGACUUACUAUAUCAGCAUUUGUAUAUUUUAUCUUGUAAUCAUUUGCCACUACGUCAAUAUUAUCGGCCGAUGUUCCUGUAAUGAAUUCGAUGGGUGAAUAAUUCAAAGGCUCAUAUAAACGUGUUAAUUGUCUAAAGUAGUUUAACGGUUAGAAUGAUACGAAAAUUUAUUAUAGGUGGACAAGUGAUUUACUCGAGCAAUUUGUAUUGAGCAUAUAUAUCGAUAUCAGUUUGAUCAUCAUAGAAUCCGCUCUCCGCAAUUUCUUGUAAUGUUUCCAAAGCUCUUAAAAAUUGUACAUCACGACUGAGAGAGCUAUAACCACGACAUAAUGGACCACAACUAGGUGUUACGUUUUGGCAAAGAAUACACAGUGAUGCUCUGCUUGUUGUUGUUUGAAACAUGUUAUGUUCUACUAGAAAAAUCCAGAAAUAUCGAUUACAGAAGAUAUAGUAGAAAAUUAGACUUUUAAGGCAGAGUAUAUCUUAAAACUAGUUAGAGCAUUCUGUAUUAAGACGUUCUUUUCCGUGGCUAUAUAAAAGAGUGAUUGUCAUAAGUCGGUAUACGUUCGUAUGGUUGGUGUCUUUCAUUUUUUUGUCACCGUUUGCUUUUUAUCUUUUAAAUACACGACCAUCGGCGACUUCCUGAUCCAAAAAUAACACUAUAGUCUGCAUAACAUCCGAAUCUGCAGACUAUAAUAUUAUUCUUGGAUCAAGAGAUCGCCGAUGGUUUAAAAAUGUGUAUUUAAAAGAUAAAAAGCAAACGGUGACAAAAAAAAUGAAAAAAGACGACCAUAUGAACGAUACGAGGCUAUCUGACUGACUCUGUGAACAAUACUCCUUUAUAUACAUAUGAGAAAAAAUAUAGAAGAGGUACACAGUCAAUGUACAAAAAGGUCUGCGCAGAUCUACUCAUGCAAAUUUCGUCUGCAGGAAUUGAAUGACAGGCUUGUUGUUGUUGUUGUUGUCAUAUAAAUUUUUCUUUUAUAAGGAUAUAUUAAGGACGGACGAAAGCAGUGAAAAUGCCAGAGAAUGGUGAAAGUGAAUAAAAACGAAGAAAGAACGUCAUAUAUCAGAAUGCUCUAACAACUAGUCAUCAAGAGCUUUUAGAACUUUGACGGACAAGAAAAAUACUUUUGAUUCUACAUGUAUAUCGAUUAGCUAGCUCUUAUUAGUUUUCAAUGAUUUCGUUAAAGGACCCUGGCGGAUUUGGUGACCUCUCUUGAAACAAGCAGCUAAGUAUACAGUCUUGUAGAGCAGCUCAAGACACGUCGAACAGUAUAUAGUGAAGUUCGUUUUCAUACCAGCAUACAGGAUCUAGACUCAAUUGUCUGGUUGGCCGUCACGAUAGCCAUCUGGACCCAUAUGGAUUUUCGUGUCAAUCACAAGAAGUGGAAAAAGAAUAUUUCCAAUCUAUACUUUUGUAGAUAUCGUCUUGGGCUACAAGCUGAUAUAUUCAACGUUUCUGCUUGCCGCAUAUUGAUCGAGAAAAAUGAGACUUUUCAUCGAUUUCAAUGUUUCUCAGUCGUUUGCGUGAGUCAGGUGAGUCGUUUACUUCACAACAGAAGUGAACAGAAGCCAAACUUUGCCAGAAACUGUGUGCACGUUCGCUCUAUAAAAUGCACUAUUCCAAAGUUUAUCUAAGGGGGGCUCUUCAUACUGAGAACUGCUUCGCAUUGAAAUUUAUAUGGCAUUUUCAUAAUUGUUUUUUCUACUGCGGUCGCUUUCUUUCACUCAACAGAGCUGCGACAAACAGCGAUUUUCUUUUCUUUUUUCUUUUCUAUUUUCUUUUCUUAUUCACGCUAUAUAGUGUGUAUCAACGUUAUAGGCUUCAUGCAGAUAAGACGUAUAUAUCCUUUUCUUUUUUCAUCGAUAUAUCACAUUUGUAUGUUACGUAUACACAUUCUUUGAUAGUUCGUCAAUUAUCAAUUGAUGUGUUAUCAACACCUGUUUUGAUUGGUUCCCCCACAACAACAGCUACUGACAUCUCCUUCAGUAUCAGUCAUCAGCAUUGUAAACAAUUUGGCUACAGGAGCCACGUUACCUGUCCCGUUCUUACUCUCGCCCCUUCAACAGCCAUUUUCUAGCAAUCGGGAACCUUUUUCAGGCACAAAAAAUGCCAAAGAACAAAUAUUACAACACUUUGUAGAAGCAGCAGAUGUUUUUGAACACGAUUCUCUCGACGGCUCAUUCACUGAUUUCGGCCAUCGGCAAACAAGUUCUGUUCGUCGAGUCGUGACAAGACAAACACCGAUUUUUCAUCAAACGGUUGGUCAAACUCUUCAGGUUCUCUCGGCAAUCAAUCCAUCACCUUCCUAUGUACAACCACUAACGUUUCAACAACCUUCACAAUCAGUCACAUCAGGUGCUGUUGCCCACCAACAAUUGCUAACCAACAGCCAAGUGGCAGCUGCAACUAGAGGAAAUCGGACUAGUAGACGGGGUCAAGCUGCCAGACAAUCUCAGCAGCAUACAAACGAUGUUAAUCAGCAUUCAGUUGAUAUAAGUGUGGAUAAUGCCUCUCCAACUCGUGCUGAUCAUCCAACAAGAACAACAAUCACAGGAAUGAUGCGGGAAGCAAUUAAUUGCUACAAUGAUUUUUUAGACACUAGUUUUUGA